GUUCCAUAUCUAACGUAGUUUAUAUAUAUUUUAUUUUGUUAACCAUAAUAUUUGCUGUUUACUCAUUGAUUGCAGCUUGCGCAUGCACUUGACAGAUAUAUAACUAAGUCGUUGGAGAACUGGAAACUAUUAACACAUUUUUCAACGCAUUAAACAGCUGUUUAUGAAUGAGUUUGCAUGAAGUCAUCGAUGGCGUUGCAAAUGAAUGAAUAAUUCAGCGAUUUGGAGAAAACAAAAGAGCAACAAUGCCAGGAAGUAGUGACACACGGCGACUGGUGGACGAGGAUGAUGAUGAGAUCCUGGGCACGGAGGGCAGCUUUGUGCCCGCCUUUCGGCCGCAGGACCACCAGGCAGAUGAGCGGUGCCUGCUUGAGCGCCAGCAGGACGAAGUGGUCCUGAUCUCCAAUGAACCCGCCACCGGAAGGAACUUCACCUCGUUUGUGUUCUCCCUGUUGGGCAUUGGCACCAUGACCCCCUGGAACUUCUUUGUCACCGCUGAAGAUUAUUGGAAGUACAAAUUCCGGAAUGUCUCGAUUAAUGUCACGGAUCUGGACGAAGAACUCACCCCGCUGCAGAAGAGCUUCACCUGCGAUUUGGCCCUGACGGCCACUAUUUCGGGCACAAUCUUCCUGCUGCUAAAUGCCGUUUACGGCCACCAUGUGUCCCUGCGCUUUAAGAUGCUGGGCACGCUUUCGAUUAUCCUUGUCCUGUUCGGGGUCACCACUGGCUUCGUGGAGGUUAAUACGGACACGUGGCAGGAGCAGUUCUUCCUGAUCACGCUCAUCAUAGUGGUGCUGCUGAACAUAUCUGCGGCCACCAUGUCGGGGGCCCUUUACGGAGUCGUAGGACUCUUUCCGUCCGAGUACAUCACCGCUGUGGUCAGCGGACAGGCCCUCGGCGGCGUCCUCACUGCCUUGGCCUUUAUACUAGUUCUUGCUUUGGACACGGGCCCCAAUACCACCGCCUUCAUCUUCUUCAUCCUGGGCGGAGUGCUUAUUUUGCUCUGCAUUGUGUGCUACGUGAUCAUGGCGCGUCAGCCCUUCUUCAGGUAUUACCUAGAGGGUGGCGACAAGUACAAGGUCAUUCGAGCAGUGCCGUCGCACAGCCGCAAUGAAGGAGCCGAGGGCUUGCCGCUCGAGCCAAUUCUGAGGCAGGUCAUGUCAAAAAUAUAUCUGCAUGUGAUUUGUAUGGCACUGCUCUACACCACCACACUGUCGGUCUAUCCGGCAGUUACAGUGCUAAUGCAGUCGGAGCAUGAGCACAGCGAGUGGACAGAUGUUUACUACCUGCCCGUGGUCAACUAUCUGAUCUUCAACUGUGGCGACUACUUUGGGCGUAUUUUGACUGGCUGGAUAGAGCGACCCUUCAACCAGAAUACUUCGCUGCUUUUUAUUGUAAUUCGCAUGGCGUUCGUUCCGUUCUUCUUGUGCUCCAACUCCAGCGAACACAAUUUUCUGCCGAUUUUGGUGAAGCACGACUACUCCUUUAUUGCGAUGAUGGUCAUGUUUUCCUUGUCCAACGGCUAUUUUACCAACAUACUGCUCAUCAUGGCGCCAAGAAGCGUGAAGCAGCACGAAAAGGAGCUUGCGUCCUCUAUUAUGGCUGCCGCUUUGAGCUGCGGCAUGGCUGUGGGGUCGCUGCUCAGCCUGGUCUUUGUUCAGAUGUUGUGAUAAAGCAAAAACAAAAAACAAUGAGUCUGCCGAUGGUGCCUUAGAAAAGUAUAGAAUCUUUAAGCUUUAUAGUGUUAUUUUACCUGAUAUUGUUUCCAUUACAUAUUUGUAAUUCAUUUUAACUCCAAAUUGUCAAUUUUUCUGAGAGGUUCCAAUUUUGUUGUACCAAUUUUUCAUUAGUUUUCGAUAGAUUUUGUAAAGUUUACUGUACCAUAUUAUUACCUAGCUAUAAGUUUUAAAGUUUUGCAUACCUCCCCAAGAACAAUUUUUUAGCAAAUUUUAAACGCUGUAUUUAUCUUGGUUUAACGUUUAUUAUUUUUUCUGCGGAUCACAACAACAAUGUGGAUUAACUUUAUUUA